CUCGCCUCAAUUCUAAAAAAUUACAAGUGGGCCGCACGUGGGACCCACCCUGCAAAACGAUUUCCCCCCAGUUCUCUGCAACUCCUCCGGAAACCCGUUUUUCCAAUUCAAAACAAUUGGGAAACGCCAGCGCUGAGUAAACAGAAGCACAUUUCAACGGCAACUACGGCGGUGGCGGCCGGCGACCACGGUGACCAAGACCGCAUCAGUCGCCCUCAUCGACGUACUAAGGUCUGCUCUCUUUCCAUCCAUAUGAAAGGCGCUCGUCUGGAAUUCGGGAGCCCCAUCAGCGAUGCCGUCUCCAGGAUUCGGUUCGCUCCUCGGACCAAUAACCUCCUUAUCUCCUCCUGGGAUUCUUGCCUCCGACUAUAUGAUGUGGAAGGCUCUGCGCUGCGGCUGGAAGCUCCCUCACAGGCUGCACUUCUCAAUUGCUGUUUCCAGGGGGAGUCUGUUGCUUUUAGUGCCGGCUCUGAUUGUGCCAUAAGGAGGCAUGAUAUGCAUUCAGGAACUCAGGAAAUUAUGGGCCAUCAUGAUGACAUUGCAACCUGUGUUGAACAUUCGGAUGAAUCAUCCAUAUUAAUUACUACGGGCUUGGACAAGAUGAUAAUAUUUUGGGACCCGCGACUGAAAAGAGCUCUUGUGUCUAAGAGUUUACAAGUGGAGGUGGAGUCCAUCUCACUAGCUGGGUUCGAGUUAAUGUUAGCGAUGGGAUCAUCAGCAUAUUUAUAUGAUUUGCGGAACUUAGAUGGACUGCUUCAAUCAAAAGAGUCAAAGGUGGAUGCUCGAAUCAGAUGCAUAAGCUCGGCUUCUUCAUGUAGUGGAUUUGCGGUUGGAUCUGUAGAUGGGCGGGUAGCUGUGGAGGUUUCUGCAUCAUCUACUUCAAAAAAUACUGCGUCAGUAUAUACAUUUCGGUGCCAUCCUCGGGCAAAGAAUGGAAAUCAUCAUUUAGUGUCAGUGAACGAUAUUGUAUUCAAUCCUUGCGUCCUUGGUGCUUUUGUUACCGGUGACAACGAGGGCUAUGUUGCUGCAUGGGAUUUUCAGAAUAGGAGAAGAUUAUUUGAGCUGCCUAGGUUCCCAAAUGGCGUAGCAUCGAUGUCGUAUAACAAAAACGGAGAUCUCUUGGCCAUAGCAGCAAGCUACUCAUACCAAGAAGCUGAUGAACUGGUGGAACCUCCCCAAAUAUUUGUAUAUAACAUGGAUGAAGAUUGGUUCGGCUCUGCUUCUACUGGUCGACGGAAAAACGACCAUAUAUCUCGAGAUAGAAAAUCCUCUGUGCGUCCUUUCAACGCCAUUAAAUAUAAUUAUAAAAAAAAAAAGUCAAGACAGCACAGUGAGGGCAUCUUACUUUACGGCCGUCCGAUCUGUGAUCCGACGGUGGUCACGUUCGAGGGUCAAUUUUUAGGAAACCCUAGACUCCCACUUUCUUCCUCAAUUUGCCUCUCGUUUCAGAUCCAAAGUCUCUGUCUUUCUCCCUCUGUCUCCCUCUCGGUCGCAGGUCAGCUCGAAGCUAUGUCGGACGAGGAGCACCACUUCGAGUCGAAGGCCGACGCCGGAGCGUCCAAGACCUACCCCCAGCAGGCCGGUACCAUCCGUAAGAACGGCUAUAUCGUCAUCAAGAACAGGCCUUGCAAGGUUGUUGAGGUUUCUACAUCCAAAACUGGGAAGCAUGGUCACGCUAAGUGCCACUUUGUUGCAAUUGAUAUCUUCAAUGGCAAGAAGCUUGAGGAUAUUGUCCCAUCCUCCCACAACUGUGAUGUUCCCCAUGUUACCCGUACCGACUACCAGUUGAUUGACAUCUCUGAGGAUGGAUUUGUGAGUCUGCUGACGGAGAAUGGUAACACAAAGGAUGACCUGAGGCUUCCAACCGAUGAAAAUCUGCUUUCGCAGAUCAAGGAUGGAUUCGGCGAUGGGAAAGACCUGGUUGUGACUGUGAUGUCGUCAAUGGGAGAGGAGCAGAUCUGUGCCCUCAAGGACAUUGGCCCCAAGUAGUCAGUCGUACAAUUACGCCCUUUAAGAUUAAUUGAUGGUUGGAUGCAUAAAAAGCUCUUAAGCUGUCGAGAUAGACUGGUUUUUGUUUUUUUAAAACUUUUUUCGGGCUUCUUUUUAUUUGGGCUUGGGAGAACAGAACACAGGAGAGGAUCGCCAUACCAUUAAAAUCUUAGGAAGAAGAAGGUUGUGAUCCUCCAUAUCUGUCAUUUCCCUAUUUAUGGGUUUUUCUUUUUUUUGUUUUUAUAUGGGAUUUGCUGAAGUACCUGUCUGAACUGUCUGUGACUCAUUUUAUGGUUUGGAGAAGUUGGAAAUGUGAAAACGCAAGAUUUAAUUACAUGGAUUGGCUACUUA